AUGAAGCAACACUGGCCUUUCCCCCCCUUCCUCCUUCCUUUCGUCAUCGCCCUCGCUUUUGAUGUUCUUGUCGUAUUUCGUUGCUCUUCUUCACCAAGAUCUGGCCGACUAAGCUACGGACUCAUCAUGGCUUACUACAUGAUGCCAACAGGCACAUUUCCCUUACUAAGAUGCGUGCCUCUGUAUAUUCCUGUGUCUUCAAAGCGUGACCAAGAAGCGCCUUCGCAAACAAGUUGCAGUGGCGAAACAAUCCCAAGAUGGAGGACUGACCCUAAUCAAAUCCCACCACCCUCGAGUCAGAGUGAAAAGUCGAAUUACAAACGCGAUACGCAGACAUCACUACGCCGAUUUUUGGGAGCUAUGAAAUCAUCAAAAACAAUCAAGCAGUCUUCGGCAUCGUCAUGGCAUCGUGUUGCUCAUCCGCCCACUUCAGAACGGUCUCUCAUCGAACCUUGUUCUCGUGACCCGAGGCAUGCAAGCAGCGCAAAACACACCGAGGCAGACGCAAUGGUCUACGAUGCUAAAAGGUUCGACCAGAUUGUUCUGCCUCUCCACUAUCACUCCCAUCCAGAGUCUCUUCAACAUCAGUUCCUCCAGGUCACAUGCCGCCCCGAUGACGAGAAAAGCGAUGGCUUUCCUCCACGAUACGCCGCGCUCGACCCCAACCCUUUCUCCAGCACCACAAAAAACAGUCAUGAUUUACCAAACACACACAAACCCGUCACCAAGCACAAAAAGAGUCUAAAAUCCACAGCCAAAAGGAUGAAGAUGAAUGUGCUCAAAGUAAUCCAAGACAUACCUUCGGUGGCUAAAGUGGCUCAUGCCCAAAUGAACAAGAAAAUCAACAAGAGUAACAGAAACACGAGUGGGGAGAACAUUGGGUUGUAUGGAAAGCUUGCCGAUCGAGAGGAUGAGUUGGAGUCGAAACUCACUCUAGGAGCCAAGAAAAAGCUACAGGAUGUCGGGGGAUAUUAG